CAUUAAUAAUCUGCGCUACUUAUUAAAGCAAUCUGCCUUACCUUAGCUCGGCCUACGCGAACUUUGUUGGGCCUUAUAUUGCGCACCUAGCUUACACGUUCUCAUUCCCUGUAACCAAGACACUAGUUUGUUAGCUAUGGCAGCCAAGGGAAAGCAACAAUGGGACUUCCUGAAGGCAGAUGCAAAUACGCCAGCCUCACCGGCUCACUAUUACGAGCCGCUCAAUGCAAAGAAGGAGGGCGAAUUCAAGCCGGGGUGGAACACAAAGCGCCGGGGGCCCGCUUGGGAAGCUGAGCGGCAGGCGGCUAUCAUGACCAAGGAGCAAAAGAACAUCGGCUGUGUAGCGCUCCGAAGCGAGCGGUUAAAUAAUGCGCAGCAGCAAAGCGGGUUCAACCCCAUCGCCCACACGGAGCGGGCAGCGGACGGCAGCUGGGUGCCGGCCACAAACGCUUGGAUGCACCAAAAAGUGGGCGUCAAGCAGCAGGACCCUCGGGCUGCGGCGGCUGACACACUAAAGCAUCAAGCAGAGGGCGCGUCACGCGCCGCGGCGAUUGCCGAGAUGCGGAAAGAGCGGAUCGCCGCUGGAGGUGCCUCGCGGCCAGCGGCGGGAGGAGGCGUGAAGGACGCGCUCACGUGGGGCUGAGCCCAACAACCUCCUACCGGACUGUGAUGUGUCAGCGUGUUGUCGUCUGGUUGGGCUGCCCGUUAUGCGGCUGUAUGUCCGCGUCAGCGGAUGUGUUGGAAGGGAAACACGGAGUCUUGGGGGGUUGGUUGCGAGGUGAGCAGUGCGCGGUAUGAAUGGGCAGAGAAACCAGGCUCACGACGGACUGGCCCACGACGAAAAGCCGGUGUCAGGCGCCAUGCCUUGUGUUGUGCUGCAGGAACUCAAUGCUCCCCUGGCGUUCGUCAUUCAUAUGGCUAUUGUACAAUUUGAGAGGUAUUGGAUUCAUGCAAGCAUGUGCGAUCCAUGCAAGCAUGUGCGUGGGCACAGGAACCACUAUUGAGCGCGGUUAAGGAAUGGCAGGAGGUCACCUGUACACAUAGCGUGUGGCUGAUGCAAGGAGGUGUGGGACUCGAAGGCUGGGCGCCUACCACGUGCAGGUUUGCAGGCCGUUUUUUUACGGUUCCGUUUUGUGUGCUGCUGAAGCGCUGAGGAUUGGUAUCAGCGACGACGUGCUGUGAUUCAGACUUCGGACACAGCAGGUCUCUGCUCAGAGGCGGCGUACAGUGGGGGUAACGUUAGCGUGCGCUAGCGAUUCGGGCACAUUGCUGAGUACGCUUGCGACCUGCCAGGUCAGAUUGCGGACGUCUGGGCAGCCGGUAUGUUUCCGCGUCAGAUCAGACCCAACGGCCAAGCAAGUGCGCCGACAGCAUGUGCGCGCGAACGCGCUUAUGUACGGGCGAUGUGCCAGGACGAUUGGAGCUGGCCGGUGGGGCAAAAGACACUGGCCGAGCCUGCGGUCAGAUGCGGUGCAGGCAGUAGUCGUCCAAUGUAACGGCAUCACUAAAUGACGAGUGUUGCGGAACUAAUGCGUACGCAGACCAGAGCGGAAGGCGGAGUGGGCUUGCAGGCGGCACGAGAGUAGGCAGUCAGUAGCGCAAGUUGCGAAUUCACAUGUUACCUCGUAACCGACG